AUGAGCCGACAGCCGACAGCCGACAUGAGCCGACUUCUCAUCUCACGCGUUGCACAAUGUAGCACGCUGCUCGCACGCAAUCUGCCCGCACCCCGCCGCCCGCCGCCCGCUGCCCGCCGUCGGCCGUCGGCCGUCCGUGCGGAAUGCCUUAGUCUACCGUGUGGGGGUGUUCCUGCUUUGUGGCAGGCUCAGGAGUCUAACAAGAGUGAGACACAUGGAGAAGCUAACUCAGACUCAGGGGGAAUGGCUGAGGAACCACGGGUCCACGGUGGGGAUCUGGAUCUGGAUGUGAAGGACAAGGCAGAAGUGGUUCCCUUCACGCGGAGCAAGAAGCCCAAGCUGACGCAUCAAGUCUUCUUUGAGGAGAAGGGCUUGAAGAAGGUCAUUCGGGAUUUCCCGAAGCUCAAGUUCAAGGGCAAGGGCAAUGAGUUUGAGGAUCUCAAGGCUCUCAUGGCUGCCUACAAGAAGUGGUUCAAAGAGCUCUAUCCGUUUCAGGAUGACUUAGAGGACCUCAUUUGGAAAUCCCGAGCAGUGCUGGAGCAGAAGGAGAAAACCGAGCUGGGCGUUGAAUCGGACCCACGGCAUCAGCUUCACCUGCUGAGAUACCAGUACAAGUCGCAAAAGGUGGAAAGUGACAUCACGGCGCGGGAGGCGUUUGGCUUCGGGUCAGCUUCCAAGCCGGCCGAAGUGCCCGAAGAGGGCUUUGGGCCAACUGAAGAAAUGUUCGAGGAGGAAGACGUGUUCGGCUUUGGGGGCAUGGAGUGA